UUGCCCUCUGGGUGGCCCUCUCACGCAGUUCCAGGCUCCCGCUCCCCUAAGCAGCACCUAUGGAACCAAACCCGCUUCACACUGCUUUAACAGUGUGAGGUAUUGACCCACAUCUCUGGAACUGCUUGCCUGACUUCUCUCCAGAUAUCUGUACUUUUGCGCCAUGCCAUCCGGAACCAACGCGCGGACAGGGUUCUCUGUGCGGGAUAUCCUAGAUCUUCCUGACCCAACCGGAAGAAACGGAACGAGAACCGUGGAUGAAAAUUCUAGGGAUGCAGUGAUGGAGGUUCUAGGCUCAGGAAACGGAGAGAAACGAGAAUUCAGCGGCCGGAGUUGGCGUGAGCGCGGCGCUGGAAGUUUGAACAGAUGGAACCGCCCAAAUCACGUACAUAGUUUGUCCUCCGAUUCCAGUACCGGAUCUACAUUUUCCCGCCUGUCCACGGAUGUGUCCCGGUCCGCAGACGGUCUAGAGGCGCAGAAGAACCGCAGGAAGAGGCGCGUGCUCUUCUCCAAAGCGCAGACGUUCGAGUUAGAACGGCGCUUCCGUCAGCAGCGUUACCUGUCCGUCCCGGAAAGGGAACACCUGGCUGGGCUGAUACGCCUCACUCCGAACCAAGUGAAGAUCUGGUUCCAGAACCACCGUUACAAGAUGAAGCGAGCCCGCGCCGAGCGCAGACGAGAGGCGCUGCAGCUGCUGCCCUCCACGCGCAUAGCCAUCCCGGUCCUGAUGCAGGACGCCAAGCCCUGCGAGCAGAUCACAGGUCAAGACCUGGAGGUGGCGCUGAGGUGUGGGAUCAGUAGUAUGCCGAUCUGCGCAUACUCCCCGCUGCUGCAUGCCGCCUAUGGACCGGAGCACCCCGGACUGCCGCAGCAGCCCUUCGGGGCGCAGCAUCUGGCGCACAUGUACCACUGGAGCUGGUGAGCUCUGAGACUGAUGGAGACGUUUCUAAAAAUGUUUCAAAAUUAAAAGACUCGUCCUCAGAUAUUAAACGCUUCAUGGGUUAGAAAAAAAAUAUCUUAAUCUCAAAACUCAAUCUCUGAAUACUCUUCCUGUGGGCCAAAAAGCUGUAAAAAUAAUUUGAUUAAAAAUCUGAAAUUCUUCCUUCCAAAGAAAGAUGUUUGUGUUUAAUGUGUUUUAAUUUAAACUAUUCAAGAAAAGCAUAUUUUGUCCUGACUUUGAUGCAUAAUACUACUAAAACUGAAGUUUGAUGAAGCCAAGAACUAUUUAAAAAAAGCUUAUAUUGUUGUUGUUUGCUUGCUGCUAAAUAAGAAAAUGUAUGACAACUUUUGUCUCUCCUGUGAAUUUUAUUAACUUAUUUUUAGCUGUGAGUUGGUUUUUAUGAAGUGGAUAUAUUUAAGUGUAAAUAAAAGUUGUGUGAUGGC